AUGAAUUCGGUAUCAAGCAUGGGAGCGGGUAUGGGCGCCGGAAUGUCACAGUAUUGGAAGAAGCAUAUAGCCGACAGUGUCUGGCUGCGGCUUUUUGUAUAUCUAUUAGCCGCGCUUGCUAUUUUGUUCCAGAGUCUAGUCAUUCUGGGUGACGUACCAGGUGCCCAAGGAGCAGGUAGUGGUACAUCAGGAUAUUAUCUUUUACAGUUCAACUCCGUUGAUGGAGAAGCAACAACUCGACUCCGCAUCGGUUACACAGCAAUGUGUUGUUCGCUUUCCAGCGGGCCUGAACACUGUGCCAUCACAGUCGGUAAAGAUCACGCGUCAAGCAUUCGAUACCUAUCCAUCGGAUCAAACAACAUAUACAAUUUCGAAGCAUUGCCUGCUAAUCAAACACUUAACUCUGUGCUGUUUGAGGUGGGGGCAUCUUUGCAAAAUGAUGUCUUCAUUGUGUUUCCCGCAAUUCCUGGCAUGUUCUUGGCCCUCGGAGUCAUCAUGUUUGCCAUCUACGGUACAUUAAACAAGCCUUGGGUUGGCCCAGCAUCCUCCUGGAGGCAGUCACAAAGGAACCGCAGGCUCGACAUACUGCGGAUUGCCAUGAUCGCUCUUAUCGGUCUUUCAGUCGUCUUCGCUUUCGCCGCUGCUGUGUCGAAUUCGCAAAUGUUCGCAGCAGUCCAGCUGGCCACGAGCCACAACACGCAAGCGCCGGGGGUAUUCCAGGUGACAAAGGGCACUGCUGCGCUAGCGUUACAUUGGCUGGCGGUGAUUUCGACUCUCGGUUUCCUUAUCGGCAUUAUUCAGACACACGUCGAAAUCAGCGCCGUCAAGAUCAAGGUCAACCCCGACGAUACAGCGGGAACGACGGGUGGCAGCCAAUUCCAGGCGAACGGCAGCACGGUUGAGAGAGCUUCCCUCCUGAAGGAUGCAGAGCCUAUGGCGAUGAACCCAGCUGGCUUGGCCCCACAGGUUCCUAAUCCAAACACGAGCAAUCCGGGUGGGCCGGCUGGAGGCAUGGGGGCACGAGGAGGAAUGAGAGGCGGCGCGAUGGGUGCUCGUGGAGGAAUGGCAGCACGAGGUCGGGGAGGCGUUGCGCCCCGAGGACGAGGAAUGUAA